GAGGGGAAUAAAAUGGCGGUAACCGGGCAGCGGCGGCGAGCCGGGCAAUGAGGAGGAGCAGCGUCCGGCGCCGCAAAUAAAUCAAGAAAAGGGGGAGAGAAGCAGUGUCGGUGAUUUCGGGGCCGGAUCGUCACUACCGUCUGGUUUAAUUUUCUGCUUCCCCCCCCCCCCCCUCUCUCUCUACUGUUGGCGCCGCUUUGUGAAGCAUGGACCGGCUGGCGCCUUUUGGCAGUGACCCCUUUGAUCAACCACCAUGUCGUGGAUGCUCUUCUUACCUGAUGGAACCCUACAUAAAGUGUGCAGACUGUGGACCUCCUCCACUACUUAUAUGUUUACAGUGCUUUACUAGAGGGUUUGAGUACAAGAAGCAUCAAAGUGACCAUAGUUAUGAAAUAAUGACAUCUGAUUUUCCCAUUUUGGAUCCAAACUGGACAGCUCAGGAGGAAAUGGCGUUGCUUGAGGCUGUGAUGGACUGUGGUUUUGGAAAUUGGCAAGAUGUAGCCAACCAGAUGCGUACAAAAUCCAAGGAAGAUUGUGAGAAACACUAUAUGAAACAUUUCGUUAACAAUCCACUGUUUUCUUCCACUUUACUGAGUUUGAAGCGGUCUGAAGAAACCAAAGACCUUGAUACAGCAAUCACGUUUAGAUCUUGUGAUGAUCCACCCAGACCAGCAUUUGAUUCUGCAGUAUCGAGGGAUAUGGCCGGAUACAUGCCAGCACGAGCAGACUUUGUUGAAGAAUUUGACAAUUACGCAGAAUGGGACUUGAGGGAUAUUGAUUUUGUAGAAGAUGACUCUGAUAUUUUGCAUGCUUUGAAACUCGCAGUGGUUGACAUCUAUCAUUCCAGAUUAAAAGAGAGACAGCGAAGAAAAAAAAUUUUGAGAGACCAUGGCCUGAUUAACCUCAGAAAAUUUCAGAUUCUUGAAAGACGGUAUCCUAAAGAAGUUCAGGAUCUCUAUGAAGCUAUGAGACACUUUGCAAGACUACUGGGACCUACAGAGCAUGACAAAUUUAUUGAAAGCCAUACCUUGGAUUUUGAACUUCGGAAGGAGAUCAAACGGUUGCAGGAAUACAGAAGGGCAGGAAUCUUCACUUUCCGUGGUGCCAAAGUGUAUGACUGCUUGAAGGUGCAUCAUGAGGAGGAACGUCUAAAACGCAACAUGCUCACAGAUGUUCUCCAGUGUCUCCAGGACUCUAACGCCUGCCAGCAGUGGUUACACAAGCAAGCAGCAAUUGAUUCAGGAUUAAACCCAGUGGCACUCGUCAUUCCUACAGCAGAUGGAGCAGGUCGAAGAAAUGCACCCCCACUGAAUCUCACCGGCCUUCCUGGAACAGAAAAGCUCAACGAUAAGGAAAAAGAGCUGUGCCAGAUGGUACGAUUGGUCCCCGGAGCAUAUUUGGAAUACAAGUCGGCUUUAAUGAACGAAAGCAGCAGGUUAGGUGGCCUGAAGCUAGCCCAGGCAAGGACACUCAUUAAAAUAGAUGUGAACAAAACAAGAAAGAUCUACGAUUUCCUGAUACAAGAAGGAUAUAUUACUAAAGCUUAAAUGGGCAACCCAAAGCUGACGUUCAGGAGUGCUGUCACUAAGCAACCUUGGAAGAUAACAGACUGUCACCUGGCAACCCCUGAUUCCUUUUGUCAGUGAUGUACAGAUUGAAAAAAAUAAAUCAUGUAUUUUUAUUUAUUCUCUUUGUAAAAGAUUGGAAUUGGUCUUGUCUGAUUCUGAAUUGUUUGUUUUGGUGACUAGCGUGAAUUCAGUUUAAUACAGUUAUGUAAAGAUGUAUAUUUAAACUUUUUAUUCUAAAAUCUGAUUAAAUUUUCUCAACCGUG